AACUAACAGAAAUUAUACCUUCUCUCGCGUUCUCUCUUACUCACCCCGCACCCCCACACAUCGCACUCUCUCAAAACAAAACCCUAUUUCCCUCUCCGAAUACGAUAACCCCAUUCCGCUUUUCCACAAUCAUACUUGUUUUAUUUUCAUCUCUAGUUCUUUCGCUGAAAAACGCAUCCCUUUCAGUCAGCAAUUCGCUUGGCGGUUUUUGAUAACGGUUACGUUUUCUAUCAUCCAUCAUCAAUCUCUGCGUUUUGGGGCUUGUUGGCGUCUUAAAAUACGUAGGUGCUCUGGUUUGGUCAUCAAUAUUUGGACUCUUCCUUUGAUGUCUGGACUCCCAAUUGUUUAUUCUCUCUUCGCUGGAGGAAUGAGGCAUCUCUGAGUAUAUUACGGCCAUCUGCAAAUCCAUCUUUAUCUGAAGAUGGCGGCGUGGAGAAGCUUUUUCUUCCAACAUUGCCUUAUAUAACACUCUCCUGCUUGGGCAUGCGUGCAAGGAUAUGUUCUCUGCUUCACUGGAGAAUUUGCUCAAGGAUUCCUUGACUUCAUACAUACGUUAGUGUAUUUAUUUGGCAGUUACUUUCUUAAAUCUGCGAUAACUUUGAUGAACAGUUGGUUGUCUGGUCGGGAAGACUGUAGAUUUUGUGCGGAAGCCUAACAAAUCUUGCCAGGUUAUUUUGCUAAGGUGUUGCUUCCCUGAAGUCAAGCUUCUGUUAACCAACUAUUGGUGGAUACUGAUUUGUCUAUUAAUCCAUAUUCUGAGCUGUAGUUCUACUGUUUCCAUUUGGCAUAGUCUGUGCUUAAACAGAGGUCUUUUUUACCGGUUCUGGCAUAUAGGAUAAGGAUGAAGGGCUAGGAUUAGAACCAAUAAUUGCGUGCAAAAGUAUAAUAUUUGCUCAAGGGGGGGUAGAGGUGUUGAAGAAGGUGCAUGUGCUUCUUGUGUUAGUUCUGAUCAUGUUCAGUGUUCGUUAUGGAACGAAGUGAACCUGCAUUGAUUCCAGAAUGGUUGAGAGGUGCUGGAAGUGUCACUGGGGCUGGCAGUUCAGCCCACCAUCCUGCGUCUUCCUCUACUCACUCGGAUGCUUCAUCUGCUGCUCAACACACAAGGAAUAGAUCUUCUAAGAGUACUAUUGAUUUUGAUAGCCCACGCUCUGCGUUUCUUGAACGGUCAUCUUCAUCAAAUUCUCGGAGGAGUUCCGUCAAUGGUUCUACCAAGCAUGCAUACAGUAAUUUCAACAGAAAUCACCGUGAUAAGGACCGUGAUAGGGAGAAAGAGAGACUGAAUUUUGGAGAUCACUGGGAUCGUGACUCUUCUGAUCCUUUGAUUAAUCUCUUUUCUGGAAGAGUAGAGAGAGACACCUUGCGGCGUUCUAAUUCAAUGGUUUCUAGGAAACAGAGUGAGCUUUUGCCUAGAAGAGUUGCAGUUGAUACAAAAACUGGGGGCAACAGUAACCAUAGUAAUGGCAAUGGGUUACUUUCCGGGGCUAGCAUUGGCAGUAGCAUUCAAAAAGCAGUGUUUGAUAAGGAUUUUCCCUCACUUGGAUCUGAAGAGAAGCAGGGGAUAUCUGAAAUGGGACGAGUUUCAUCUCCUGUAUUGGCUGCUACAUCAAGUCAAAGUCUACCUGUUGGUAGUUCAGCUUUAAUUGGGGGGGAGGGAUGGACAUCUGCACUAGCGGAGGUACCUACAGUAAUUGGAAGCAAUAGCACUGGGUCUCUAACAAUGCAACAACCUGCUUCUACAACUUCUGGGCCUGCGGCUCUGAGUACAACAGCUGGUCUUAACAUGGCUGAGGCAUUGGCUCAGGCUCCAUCCCGUGCUCGUUCUGCUCCCCAGGUGUCAGUCAAAACUCAAAGGCUUGAGGAACUGGCUAUUAAGCAGUCAAGACAGUUAAUUCCAGUAACACCAUCAAUGCCCAAAGCUUCGGUUCUUACUUCUGAGAAAUUAAAGCCCAAAACAGCAGUCAGAACUCCUGAGCUGAAUGUUGCUGGCAAGAGUGGGUCACAACAACCCUCAUCACUAAACAUUUCCAAUUUAUCCUUUCGUGGUGGAAAUUCUAAGUCCGAUGCUCCAAAGACAUCUGGGAAGUUUACUGAUCUUAAAUCAGUUGUGUGGGAAAAUGGUCUUUCCCCCACUUCUAAGGAUGCUUCAUCUCCAACAAAUUUCUCUAACAUCAAAUCUGGAAACAAUCUUUCUGCUGCUUCUGCAGCUACUUCUACACCCUUGAGGAACCCCAAUAAUCUGAAAUCUUCCACAGACCGGAAGCCAGCAUCAGUGGAUCCAAAAUUAGGUUCUACUAUGGAUAAGAAGCCUUCCUUGUCUCAAGUACAGAGUCGCAAUGAUUUUUUCAAUCUCAUUAAGAAGAAAACUCUGAUGAACUCCUCUACUGGUAAUACUGAUUCCGCCCCCAUCCAUUCAUCUCCUACAAUGGAAAAAUCUGCUGAAUUAGCUGGGGAAGUUAGUCCUCCUGCGUGCCCCCAACCUCUUGGAAAUGUUGCUGAAGUGACUAUCAAUGGUGAUGCCCCUGAAGGGACUCACAGAUUUCCUGAUACCGAAGAGAAAGAUUUUGUUCAAAGUGAUACUGUGUAUCCUGACGAGGAAGAGGCUGCAUUCCUUCGUUCACUUGGGUGGGAGGAAAAUUCUGGUGAGGAUGAAGGCCUUACAGAAGAGGAGAUCAAUGCCUUCUAUCAGGAGUUCAUGAAGUUGGGUCCUGCAACCACGUUCAAGCUAUGCCAGGGCAUGCAGCCAAAGCUGUCCAAGUUGUUUGAACCUCAUGCAACUAACUUGUGUGGAGCAUCAGCAGAAUCAAGCUCUUCUGAUUCUGAAUCAGAUGCUUGAUGUAGUUUUAUCAUGGAUAAUUGAUCCAAAAUUCAAUUUUUGGUGGCAGAUGGCCAGUUACGUUCUUCCCUUUUGCUUUGAGAGAAGGCGGAUGAUGUGGGUUGAAGGAAGAGGGUGGGUUUUGAAACCUGCAUUUUGCAAAUAUGGGCAAUAAGUUACAGGUGCCUCAAUCCUGCCUGCAUAACCCUUUUUUCUUUUUCAGUCAAAACUCAUAGGUUGGUUGGCUAGGCAUAGCGUAGGGGCUAUUUUGUCUGCUUUGAAGGCGCGGGGCAAUUGCAUCCUUUUGGGGUAUUUUGAUCUUUUCUUUUCUUUUCAAGAGGGUUUGAUUUUACGUGAUAAAGUUUACGAUGUUUUUGGUCAAUUUUACGGGAAAAAAGGAAUUGAAGUUUACUUUUAAUCUUAGAUCAUGUUGAUAUGGUAUUUUCCCCAUUUUAAGCCAUUA